AUGCAUUCAGUGCGCCCUCGGGCACUGUGGUCAGGCUUCGGCCUACAGAGGAGCACAGGAUUGCGUCCCUAUCUCCAGACCCCCCGACACCAACAACAACUAACCAAGCAGCCCCUGCGGAAAGGUAGCACGACCGCGUCCUCUCCCGAAAAGGCAUUCCAGGAGCGACUGCACGAAAUCAGCAAUGCCUGCGCAGACCCAUAUCCGCGCCUUGCGGUCGAUGCGCGCUCUCUGAGCUGUGCGCAGUUCCGCGCGCGGUACAGUCAGCUGGCCGUUAACGAAUCAGUAGAGGACACGGUCGUGGUCACUGCUAUCACCGGCAAACCGCACCGGACUGGCCGCGGCGAACUCACCAUCGAGACGACGGAACUGCCUCAGCUGCUCUCGCCGUGUCUGCACGAUAUCCCCGUCCACGACUCCACACAUGAAACCUCGCCGUACCCACGCCAUGUCCAGUUCCUGGCUGAUCCCGCUGUCGCGGAUAUCAUCCGGGCCCGGUCGUCGAUCGUCCAGUACCUGCGUCAGUUCUUUCUGGACCGAUCGUUCAUGGAGGUCAACACCCCGAUUCUGGGGGCUGUUGCCGGCGGUGCAGUUGCGCGUCCAUUCUAUACAUCAGCCACGGAAUUCUCCGAGCGGCAGCUGUCGCUGCGAAUUGCGCCAGAACUGUGGCUGAAGCGGCUGGUUGUCGGUGGGUUCGACAAGGUCUUUGAGAUUGGCCCAUCGUUUCGCAAUGAAGGUGUGUAUGUCUUUAUGGGAACGUUGAACCAAAUGCUAACGGACGAGCGCUAG